UAUCCGCCUCUGUGUCUCAGUCUUCAUUUGUCCCUGUCCAGCUCACUGGAGCAACGUCAUUGUGACAAUGCCAGACUUUAACCAGGACCCGUUUCCCUGGUCACCGUGAGCCACAUGUCUGUCUGCUGUGCACCCAGACAUCAACAUUAAAGUCUUAUCAAGCCGAGAUGAGCUUUUGGUUUGCAUCGGGGAUACUAUCCCAUCUGUAGGGUUGGACAAGUUAAUUGGAAGGAAUCUCAAUCACCCCUCCUUUAUUUAAUCCCUCCUUUAUUAUUAUUUUUAAAUAUAUCUAUAUCUGAUCUCUAAUGGACACUUGGUGUUUCAAUAUCGGAUCCAGGAAGGCUCUGCUGGUUACACCAGAUGGAGGGACCCCUGGACUGCCCACCUGGUACAAGGAGCCAACUCACGCUUUGAUUCAACAGGAUGCCCACAAGUGUAUACUGGGUCUGGGAUCACAGAUUCAUGACAAAUACAUGGAAGAGGCUAGGAGUGACAUUAAGCAGAUUGUGGAUGAAGUGCGAGCAACAAUGUUAUAUUGGGGCAAAAAGGAGAAAGAAGAGGCAGUGAAAGAAGCUUUGGUUGAGGCUGAAAAGGAAAAGAAUGAAGAGAUUAAAGAAUUAAACAAGAUACACGUGGAUGAAAUUAAGAGAGCAAUACGAAAAACAGAGGUUAAGAUGCAAUGGCAACAAGAGCAGAUGGUGAUGAAGGAACAUGAAGUUGGAAAACAACGCUUAGCGCACGAAAUCCAGCAGAUGCUUCACAAGAAUGAAAUUGAAAAAGAAAAGGCUAUAGCUGCUGCCACAGAAAAAGAAAAGCAACUCGCAUCCCAGGCUCUUGAUCAAGUGGUAAUAAAGCUAAAAGCUGAUGCCGAAACACAAAGUCAAUCCAUUCUACAAGAAACUUUGGAGAUCCAAAAAGCAGAAUAUGAAGAGAAGAUAAUGGCUGCAGUUGCUAAAGCCCGUGAUGAAGAAAAGGCAAAAGCUGUGGAACCCAUCCUUAUCCUCCAAAGUAGACAUCAGUCUGAAAUAGAUAUGUUGAAAAAAUUGUUAUGUGAGAAAGAGGUUGACCUCAAAGACGUUUAUGAUAAGGUGGAAACCAUGACUAUCUUGGAAUUGGAGCUAGAGACAGAGCUACGAAACACAAGGGCAGCUUUUCAGGACUACAUUAAUGUUACCUACCCAGAUUUAGCCCCUGGACAGGCGGACUUCUUGCUUCCAACUCGACAAAUGUGCAGAGAUUCCCUUACGACUUGCAAACCCCAAAAAGUUCAAAAAAGGCCCCAAGCGGAAUAAAGAUUUACAAAAAACAGGGAGUGUUUCCACUUUUAUUGAAACAAAAUCAUACAGUAAUUAUAACUUAUACUAAACCUGUCAGUGCCCUGCAGUUGUACUUAAUAAUGCACUACAUCACUACAAUCACAAAAAUAUUAUCAAUCAUAAAAUAUAAAAUCAUUA